CGACGUCACAGCCCGGGGCUGGGGCUCGGUGAGGGGCUGGGGCUGAACAGACUGCUACCCAGACUCAUUGCAGUGGAAGGAACCGGAGAGGCGGGCGGAGGCAUGGAAGUCCAUGCACGGGUCUGUCUCCUUUCACAGUAACGUUAUCAAAGCGCACGGAUAUUGACCGAACUGUUCGUGUUUAUGCAAUGAAGCGCAGUUGGAUUCUUGUGUAAGCACAACGCACAGAGGAGGAGGCCUUUUAUCGGACUGAUGGCUCCAGAGUGACAUGCCAUGGCUUUAAUGAUCCCCCCGGUGAAACUCAAAUGGCUAGAGCACCUAAACAGCUCAUGGAUCACCGAGGACAGCGAGUCAAUAGCCACACGGGAGGGAGUCUCAGUGCUCUACUCAAAACUGCUGGCCAACAAAGAGGCUGUGCUGCUGCCCCAGCAGGUGCUGUGUCUGAAGGGCCCCCAGCUUCCAGACUUUGAGCGGGAGUCCCUCUCCAGCGAUGAGCAGGAGCACUACCUGGAUGCUCUGCUCAGCAGCCAGUUGGCCUUGGCCAAGAUGGUCUGCUCUGACUCACCAUUUGCUGCUGCACUGCGCAAACGUGUGCUGGUGCUCCAGCGCAUCUUCUACGCACUUUCCAACAAGUACCAUGACAAGGGAAAGGUCAAGCAGCAGCAGCACUCUCCAGAGAACAACUCGGGAUCAGCUGAUCUGCACUCUGUCAGUGAGCGACCACGCUCCAGCACUGAUGCUCUCAUUGAGAUGGGUGUUCGCACAGGCCUCAGCCUUCUUUUUGCUCUGCUGCGCCAGAGCUGGAUGAUGCCUCCUCCGCCCAGUCCUGGUGGAGGUCCUGGGGGCAAUAUAAACUUGUGUAAUGAUGUCAUUCACACAGCCAUUGAUGUAGUUAGCUCCCUGCCACCCCUCUCUCUGGCCAACGAGAGCAAGAUCCCACCAAUGGGCCUGGACUGCCUGGCCCAAGUCACCACUUUUCUGAAGGGAGUGACCAUGCCAAACUCGGGGGCGGAUAUACUGGGGCGACGCCUUGCCUCUGAGCUGCUGCUAGGGCUAGCCUCCCAGAGGGGUUCCCUGCGCUACUUGCUGGAGUGGAUUGAGAUGGCUUUGGCUGCAUCAGCUGUGGUCAGUACUAUGGAGCAGAAUAAGGUGCUACAGAACCAAGAGGGCCUCAUCGGCUAUGAUUGUUUCAUGAACAUCCUCAUGCAGAUGAGACGCUCUUUGGGCUCCUCAGCAGAUCGCAGCCAAUGGCGAGAACCCACACGGACCUCUGACGGCCUGUGCUCGCUGUAUGAGGCAUCACUCUGUCUUUUUGAAGAAGUAUGUCGAAUGGCAUCAGACUACUCUCGCACCUGUGUCAGUCCAGACAGCAUACAGACUGGUGAGGCACCCGUAGUGUCCGAGACCUGUGAGGUGUACGUGUGGGGCAGUAACAGCAGCCAUCAGCUAGUGGAGGGUACGCAGGAGAAGAUCUUACAGCCCAAGUUGGCCGCCAGCUUUGCAGAUGCACAAACAAUUGAGGCAGGCCAGUACUGCACUUUUGUGAUAUCUUCUGAUGGCUCUGUUCGGGCCUGCGGGAAGGGGAGCUAUGGCCGCUUGGGCCUCGGGGACUCUAACAACCAGUCAACACUCAAGAAGCUGACCUUUGAACCCCACCGUGCCAUCAAGAAGGUGUCGUCGUCCAAGGGCUCGGAUGGCCACACGCUGGCCUUCACUACGGAGGGUGAGGUGUUCAGCUGGGGUGAUGGUGAUUAUGGCAAACUGGGUCACGGGAACAGCUCAACACAGAAAUACCCUAAACUUAUCCAAGGGCCACUGCAGGGGAAGGUGGUGGUAUGUGUGUCUGCUGGCUACAGACAUAGUGCUGCAGUCAGCGAGGAUGGGGAGCUGUACACAUGGGGUGAAGGAGAUUUUGGAAGAUUAGGUCAUGGUGACAGCAACAGCCGAAACAUUCCUACCCUAGUAAAGGACAUCAGCAACGUGGGAGAGGUGUCAUGUGGUAGCUCUCAUACUAUUGCACUGUCAAAGGAUGGGCGGACUGUGUGGUCCUUUGGAGGAGGAGACAAUGGAAAACUAGGUCAUGGUGAUACUAAUCGAGUCUACAAGCCGAAAGUAGUGGAGACCCUGCAAGGGAUGUUCAUCAGAAAAGUGUGCGCAGGAAGCCAGUCGUCUCUUGCCUUAACAUCUACUGGACAGGUGUAUGCUUGGGGCUGUGGCGCCUGCCUGGGGUGCGGUUCCUCUGAGGCCACAGCACUCAGACCCAAACUAAUCGAGGAGCUGGCUACCACACGUGUGGUGGAUAUCUCCAUAGGAGACAGUCACUGCUUGGCCCUGUCACAUGACAAUGAAGUGUAUGCAUGGGGCAACAAUUCCAUGGGCCAGUGUGGCCAGGGGAACUCUACAGGGCCGAUCACCAAGCCCAAGAAGGUCGUCGGCCUGGAUGGAGUUGCUAUUCAGCAGAUCUCAGCCGGCACGUCUCACAGCCUGGCCUGGACUGCCCUGCCCAGAGACAGGCAAGUGGUGGCUUGGCACAGACCAUACUGUGUCGACCUCGAAGAAAGCACCUUUUCCCACUUGCGCUCCUUCCUUGAGCGUUACUGUGAUGGCAUCAACAGUGAAAUUCCUCCUCUUCCCUUCCCCUCAUCCAGGGAGCAUCAUAACUUCCUGAAGCUGUGCCUUCGGCUUUUGUCCAAUCAUCUGGCUCUGGCUCUUGCUGGGGGCGUGGCCACCAGUAUCUUAGGUCGACAGGCCAGACCCCUGAGGAACCUGCUCUUCAGACUGAUGGACUCUUCUGUGCCUGAUGAGAUUCAGGAGGCGGUGAUUGAGACUCUGUCUGUGGGGGCGACCAUGCUGCUGCCUCCACUGAGAGAGAGGAUGGAGCUUCUUCACUCCCUGCUGCCUCAGGGCCCUGACAGAUGGGAGAGUCUCUCUAAAGGACAGAGGAUGCAGCUCGACAUUAUCCUGACCAGUCUCCAAGACCACACCCAUGUGGCCUCGCUCUUGGGUUACAGCUCUCCUGCUGAUGGCCCUGAGGUACUGUCUUCUGGCCCGGGCUUUACAGCUUCCCCGGACGGCACUUACAGCACUACAGCGGGCCAUCCUGACACCCACCUGGCUGAGAUCCUCAUGAAGACGCUGCUCAGGAACCUGGGCUUUUAUACUGAUCAGGCAUUUGGGGAGCUGGAGAAGAACAGUGAUAAAUUGCAGCAGGGCACGUCUUCCUCUGACAGCAGCCAGCCAGCUCACCUUCACCAACUCCUCUGCUCCCUGCAGAAGCAACUGUUAGCAUACUGUCACAUUAACUCUGUCACUGAGAGCUCCAGCAGUGUUGCUUUACUCCACAAGCAUCUGCAGCUUCUGCUGCCGCACGCCACAGAUAUCUUCUCCCGCUCGGCCACGUUGAUAAAAGAGAGUUCCUGGAAUGGCAGCAUACAAGAAAAACUACAAGAUGUGAUCUACGUCUCAGCAGCAGGCAGCAUGCUUUGCCAGAUAAUCAACUCUUUGCUGCUGCUCCCAGUGUCGGUAGCAAGGCCUCUUCUGAGCCACCUGUUAGACCUGCUUCCUCCUCUGGACCGGCUCAACAGACUGCUGCCUGCUGCCUCCCCUCUGGAGGACCAGGAGCUGCAGUGGCCUCUUCAUGGUACGUCUGACUUUGCUGAGCCAGCCUCAGGAAUGUCACUGCCUCAGCCAGCCCUGUCCUGGGUGUGGCUUGUGGACCUGGAGAGGACGGUUGCCUUGCUGGUCGGCCGAUGCCUCGGUGGGAUGCUGCAGGGAGCUCCUACCUCACUGGAGGAACAGGAUACUGCUUAUUGGCUCAAAACACCUCUCUUCAGCAACGGCCUGGAGAUGGACAUCCCACAGCUCGACACCUGCAUCAGCUCUUUGUUGGAGGCAGCUCUGUCUGGUAAUGAAGAGCAGAAGCCCUUUGACUGCACACUGCGUCCUGACUUAAGUGUCUUGGUGGAUUUGGCCCUGGGUUCCUCUAAAGAACCUGCCAACAGCCUGUGGAUCAACAUGCAGGACUAUGCCAUCAGCAAAGACUGGGACAAUGCUUCUCUCAGUAAUGAGUCCCUGUUAGACACUGUGUCCAGGUUUGUGUUGGCAGCCUUAUUAAAGCACACAGGGCUGAUUGGCCAAGCCUGUGGAGAGGGCAGGUACCAACCAUCGAAGUCCCUUGCAGAGGUCUAUCGCAGUGUUUACAAGGUACGAAACCGUCUGCUGGCCUGCAAGAAUAUGGAUUUCAUCCAGACCCGAUCAUCAUCACGUGAGAGGAGAAUUUCAGACAAUCAGGACUCUCUUGACAUGGACCCUCAGGAGCACUCAUUCACACGUACCAUUGAUGAGGAGGCAGAGCUGGAAGAGAGGGCCGACCGUGAGAGAGAAGAGGGCCAUCAGGAGCAAGAUGAUGAAGAGGAGGACAGGGAACAUGAAGUAAUGACAGCUGGAAAAAUCUUUCAAUGUUUCCUCUCAGCACGGGAGGUAGCUCGCAGUCGGGACAGAGAACGGGCCAGCAGCAGCACAGGCCUGGGCUCCAGCUCUGUUUCCAGGAGUGGAGGAGGAGGAGGUGGAGGUGGUGGAGAGGAAGACGCCAUUCUGUCUCAGGAGGGGAGGAGGGGCAGUACUGGUCUCACAGAGGGCCAGGACCUGUACACAGCAGCCUGUAACUCAGUUAUCCACCGCUGUGCUCUGCUGGUGCUGGGGGUGAGCCCUGUGUUGGGUGAGCUGCCUAAACAGAACCAGGAGGAGGGUCAGAUCCAGUCAGCUACAGGAACACAGGAGUGCCUGAGCUUCAUGACCAGGAGUGAGAGUCUGAGUGCAGAGAGCCGCUCAGUGCAAAGCAGCCCAAGUUACAGACUGAUGAAGUCCAGGAGCGAGUCUGAUCUCUCCCAGCCUGAGUCAGAUGAAGAGGGUUACAAUCUGAGUGGAAGGAGAAAUGUUGACCUGGACCUAGCGUUCUCUCACAAAAAAAGAGGCUUACUUCACAGCUCACCAGACUCCCUGGCCGAGUCCUGGUUCAGGGCCAAACUGAGCCGUCAGCGGAGCUACAGCUCGGCACAUUCCUACGAAGAGUCAGACCUGGAUCUGAGCCGCUCGCUGGGCAUCCACGCUCUCAUUGACAACAUGGUCAGUUUCAUCAGCGGGGAUGUAGGCCUGGCCCCAGCCUUCAAGGAGCCAGAAGAAAGUAUGUCCACCAGCCCACAGGCGACUAUCCUGGCUAUGGAGCAGCAGCAGAGCAGAGCUGAGCUGAGGUUGGAGGCACUCCAUCAGAUUGUGGUGUUGAUCUCUGGCAUGGAGGAGAAAGGCAGCCAGCCUGGGAGUGCAGAUCGAUCCAGCAGUGCCUUCCAGUCGUCCUCCCUGCUCACCUCUGUCAGGCUGCAGUUCCUGGCUGGUUGUUUUGGCCUCGGCACCGGCACCGGGGGGCUGAAGAGGGAGAGUGUGCAGCUGCAUCAUUACCAGGAUGGUGUAAAGGCAGCAAAGAGGAGCCUCCAAAUGGAAAUCCAGACAGCUGUCCAUAAGAUCUACCAGCAGCUUUCUGUCACACUAGAGAGAGCGCUACAGGCAAACAAGCACCACAUAGAAGCCCAGCAGCGCCUCCUGCUGGUGACUGUGUUUGCCCUGAGCGUUCGCUACCAGCCGGUGGACGUCUCCCUGGCCAUCUCCAGUGGGCUGCUUAAUGUGCUGUCUCAGCUCUGUGGCACAGAAACAAUGCUGGGGCAACCCCUCCAACUACUGCAGAAACCUGGAGUAUCCCAGCUCAGCACUGCCCUCAAAGUAGCCUCCACACGCCUGCUACAGAUACUGGCCAUCAGCACCGGGACAUAUGCAGACAAGUUGAGCCCAAAGGUGGUCCAGUCGCUGCUGGACCUGCUCUGCAGUCAGCUGAAAAACCUGUUGUCUCAGGCAGGAGUCAGUCUCCUGUCAUCUGGAAAAGACCAAGAAGACAACAAACACGAGGACAGUGCAGACUCUGAGAGGAAAGACUUCAGAGCUUUGAUACGGAAGCAGCACACUGCAGAGCUACACCUUGGAGACUUCCUUGUCUUCCUAAGGAGAGUGGUAUCAUCCAAAGCCAUCCAGUCCAAGAUGGCCUCCCCAAAAUGGACUGAGGUGCUGCUCAACAUUGCUGCACAGAAAUGCUGCUCAGGGGUCCCUUUGGUGGGAAACUUGAGAACUCGGCUGCUGGCUCUUCAUGUCCUAGAGGCUGUCCUGCCUGCCUGUGAGGCCAGUAUGGAGGAUGACCAAAUGACACAGGUGGUGGAGCGUCUCUUCUCCCUGCUGUCUGACUGCAUGUGGGAAGCUCCCAUUGCUCAAGCGAAGCACUCAAUCCAGAUCAAAGAAAAAGUCCAAGAACUCAAACUACAGGGAGAAGCAGAGGAAGAGGAUGAGAACCUUCCUAUUCAGGAAGUGUCCUUUGACCCGGAGAAGGCUCAGUGUUGUGUGGUGGAAAAUGGUCAAGGACUGACGCAUGGCAGUGGGGGAAAAGGCUAUGGCCUGGCCUCCACUGGUAUCUCCUCUGGAUGUUACCAGUGGAAGUUUUACAUUGUCAAGGAGAACCGAGGCAACGAGGGUACAUGUGUCGGGGUCUCACGAUGGCCCGUGCAUGACUUCAACCACCGCACCACGUCGGACAUGUGGCUGUACCGGGCAUACAGCGGAAACCUCUAUCACAACGGAGAACAAACACUGACACUUAGCAGCUUCACUCAGGGAGACUUCAUCACCUGUGUCCUGGACAUGGAAGCCAGAACCAUCUCCUUUGGCAAGAAUGGAGAGGAGCCAAAGUUGGCAUUUGAGGAUGUGGACGCCACAGAACUUUAUCCAUGUGUGAUGUUCUACAGCAGUAACCCAGGAGAGAAGGUGAAGAUCUGUGACAUGCAGAUGAGGGGAACACCUCGAGACCUCUUGCCCGGUGACCCAGUGUGCAGCCCCAUGGCCACUGUUCUGGCCGAGGCCACCACACAGCUAAUCCGCAUCUUGCAUCGCACAGACCACUGGUCCCAUCGUAUCAACAAAACAAUGAUUGAACGGCUUCACAAGAUCAAGCCUUGCUUCAGAGAGUCCGCCAGCACGUCUGGUAGUGGUGUGGGUCAGAGACUGAAAAAGAGUCGCUCGGUGCAGAGCCGCGAAGAGCAUGAUGCUCAGAGAGAAAGCCAAGAAACGCCCACGAGGACGGAGGAGGAGAGGGGACGCCACGGACGCCAGCACGGGCUGGGGGAGCUGUCGGAGCACCACCUGAGGACGCUUUGCACAGAGGUGUGGCCGGUCCUGGCGGUGAUCGGGGGUGCGGAUGCAGGCCUCCGUGUCGGUGGGCGGUGUGUGCACAAGCAAACUGGGCGACACGCUACCCUGCUGGGAGUGGUGAAAGAAGGCAGUACCUCAGCUAAGGUGCAGUGGGAUGAAGCUGAGAUCACCAUCAGCUUCCCAACUUUCUGGUCGCCUAGUGACACUCCACUAUACAACCUGGAACCCUGCGAGCCGCUGCCCUUUGACGUGGCACGUUUCCGUGGCCUCACUGCCUCACUGCUGUUGGACCUCACCUACCUUACCAGCAUCCAUGAGGAAACCGCUGCUAAGCUCAGCGCACGACGCCACGACAAAAAGCAUCGCAACGCAGCAUCGACCGGGCACGAGCCGACCACUAAUGAAGACAAAGCAGACAGCGACGGGCACAACCGCAAUGAACAAAGAGAUGGUGCUGGAGCUUCAUCUGGAGCAACUCCAAAUACCACGACCUCUGACCUGCGUGUGUCCCACAGCCUGGAUGAGGUGAAAGCACACGUAGCACCCAACUCAAAGUCAGAGAGUGAGAUCUCCUCUGUGGCCGGUGGUGGGGUAGGUGGAAAUGAGACCCUUUUCACUGCAGCUCCUCACACUCCUGCUGAGGGGAACAGGAAGAAAGGCCAUGAGCAUGGCUCCCGCAGUCAUGAGCCUUCCUCUCCCUCUAUUGCCACCCAGUCGGAGAUCCAUGCUGUGCAGCUGUCCUACCUCUACCUGGGAGCCAUGAAGACCCUCAGCGCCCUGCUGAGCUGCAGCAAAUAUGCCGAGCUGCUGCUGAUUCCAAAGGUGUUACCAGAAGCAGCGCCCAGCGGGCAUAAUGCUGAUCUAAAUGCCAGCACCAGCGGAAGCGCAGCUGCCACCUCACCAGUGUGCCAGGAGGAGGUGGAGAUGCGGGCAGCUCUGCAGUUUCUCAUGCGCCACAUGGUGAAGCGGGCAGUGAUGCGGUCCCCUAUCAAGCGGGCCUUGGGCCUUGCAGACCUGGAGAGGGCGCAGGCCAUGAUCUAUAAGCUAGUUGUGAAUGGGCUGUUGGAGGAGCCCAGUGGGGGAAAGGUCAAGCCUGGGGUGAGAAGUGAACCAGAGGGUGAGGGAGAAGGUACAGAGGGUGAGCAGUUGGCACAAACCCCGGUCACCACCAGCCCCUCUGCCUCCAGCACCACUUCCUUCAUGAGCUCCUCGCUGGAGGACACCACCACCGCAACCACACCUGUCACAGACACAGAGACUGUCCCUGCCUCGGAGUCUCCGGGGGUCAUGCCUCUCAGCCUCCUCAGGCAAAUGUUCUCCAGCUACCCAACCACCACUCUGGUUCCAACCCGUCGAGCCCAGACUCCUCCGGUGUCGUCUCUGCCAACCUCACCCUCAGAUGAAGUUGGCCGCAGGCAGAGUCUCACCUCCCCUGACUCCCAGCCCACCAGACCGCAAAACAGAACAGCUCUGUCAGACCCCAGCAGCCGUCUGUCGACAUCUCCACCUCCUCCUGCCAUUGCCGUGCCCCUGCUGGAAAUGGGAUUCUCCCUGCGCCAGAUCACCAAAGCUCUGGAGGCCACUGGUGCGCGAGGAGAGGCAGACGCUCAGAACAUCACAGUGCUGGCCAUGUGGAUGAUUGAACAUCCAGGUACAGAGGACGACCAUGACGAGCCUAACACCAGAGGCAGCGGUGUCACUGGAGAUGGGUCAGACUCCUCCUGUCCGGGUGCAACAGCUUCUGCUGGAGGCAAAUCUCUAGAUCGGAGCUCGUAUCUGUGCUCUCCUGGAGACAUUGCCAGUGCAGAUGCCUCAGAGAUGGAGGAGGGCUUCAGUGAGAGUCCUGAGGGUCUGGAGCAGGACAGCGCAUCAGCCUCCAGCGGCGUUGCUCUCAGAGGACGCUCUGCUGUCGGUAGGAAACACCGCUUUGACCUGGCUGCACGAACACUAUUAGCCCGCGCUGCUGGACUGUACCGCUCAGUGCAGGCCCACCACAGUCAGUCACGUCGGGAGGUCUCAUCCCUCCAACAGCAACAAGACCCAGCUGCCCUUUAUGACUUCAACCUGGAUGAAGAGCUGGAGAUGGACCUGGAUGAAGAGACCAUGGAGGCCAUGUUCGGACAGGACCUUGCCAGUGACACCGACAUUCUGGGAAUGUGGAUCCCGGAGGUACUGGACUGGCCAACAUGGCAUGUGUGUGAGACAGAUGAUCGAGACGAAGUGGUAGUGUGCGAGCUGUGUGAGGCCAAUGUGGCCAACUUCAAUCAGCACAUGAAGAAGAGCCACCCGGGCUGCGGCCGCAGCGCCAACCGGCAGGGCUACCGCAGUAACGGCUCCUACGUAGACGGCUGGUUCGGAGGGGAGUGUGGCAGUGGAAAUCCUUACUACCUACUGUGCGGCAGCUGCAGAGAGAAGUAUUUGGCCAUCAAAAGCAAGGCCAAAGUCCCAGUUGUGGAGAGAUAUAAGGGACAGGCCCCUGACCUCCUGGGAAAACAGGACAGUGUCUAUGAAGAGGACUGGGACAUGCUAGAUGUCGACGAAGAUGAGAAGCUGACAGGGGAAGAAGAGUUUGAGCUUUUGGCUGGCCCGUUGGGUUUGAGUGAGCGCAGGAUCGUCCCUGAGGCUGUCCAGUUCCCUGACAGCGACCCACUUGGAGCGUCCGUAGCCAUGGUGACGGCUACCAACAGUAUGGAGGAGACUCUUCUGCAGAUAGGCUGUCAGACCUCAGUGGAUAAGAGUUCGUCAGGCAGGGUGACCCUCGGGGAGCAGGCAGCAGCUCUGCAGAACCCACAUGACCGAGUGAUGGCACUGAGGAGGGUGACGGCUGCAGCCCAGGUGCUGCUGGCCAGGACCAUGGUGAUGAGAGCCCUGUCCCUGCUGUCUGUCAGUGGCUCAAGCUGCAGCCUCGCAGCAGGUCUGGAGUCUCUCGGUUUGACGGACAUCAGGACUCUGGUCAGACUGAUGUGCCUGGCAGCAGCGGGCCGAGCUGGUCUUUCCACUAGUCCUACAGCAGGCUCCGGUCAUGCUGAAAGGCCCCGCGGGGCCGCCAAGGCGAGCAAACCCAUCUCCUGUCUGGCUUACCUCAGCACAGCAGUGGGCUGCCUGGCCUCCAACAGUCCCAACGCUGCCAAGCUGCUGGUGCAACUCUGCACUCAGAAUCUGAUUUCGGCAGCUACAGGCAUGAACCUGACCACCGUGGACGACCCCAUCCAGAGGAAGUUCCUGCCCAGCUUUCUGCGUGGUGUGGCUGAGGAGAACAAGCUCAUCACCUCUCCCAACUUUGUGGUCACACAGGCUCUGGUAGCCCUGUUGGCAGAUAAAGGGGCCAGACUCAGACCUGCUUAUGACAAGACUGAUAUGGAGAAAAGAGGCCCUCUGGAACUAGCCAACGCGCUGGCAGCGUGCUGCCUGUCCUCAAGGCUUUCCUCACAGCACCGUCAGUGGGCUGCACAGCAGCUGGUGCGCACACUGGCCGCCCAUGACCGCGACAACAACCAGAGUCGCCCGCAGACCUUUGCCGACAUGGCGGGGGACCUGCGAAAGUGCUCCUUCAUCAAGCUAGAGGCUCACCAGAGCAGGGUCAUCACAUGUGGUUGGUGCAGUAAGAAAGGCCUGUUGGCCACCAGUGGCAAUGAUGGGACAGUCAGGGUUUGGAAUGUAACCAAGAGCCAGUACACCCUCCAGCAGACCUGCAUCUUCAAUAAAGAUGAUGGUUCUUCAGAGGAGGGUAUGUCAGGUUUGGGAUCUCCCAGUGAUCCUUGCUUGUCUCCUCUGGCCUGGAGUGUCACUGGAAAGUAUCUGGCCUCUGCCAUGGAGAAAAUGGUCAACAUCUGGCAAGUUAAUGGUGGUAAGGGCCUUUUGGACGUACAGCCUCACUGGGUGUCAGCCCUGGCCUGGCCUGAAGAGGAAGCGGAGUCCUUAUGGUGCGGGGAACCCAAGGACAUGCUGCUGGUGGGACGGAUGGACGGAUCCCUGGGCCUCAUUGAGGUGCUGGACACUGCCACUAUGCACCGCACCGAGUUGGAGCACUGCUACAGGAAAGAUGUGGCAGUGAUGCACAUUGCCUGGUACAGUGAAGACAAGCCUUUUGCUGUAGGCUAUGCAGAUGGCAAGCUGCUGAUUGGAUCCAAAGAGCCCUUAGAGAAGGGAGCCAUCGUGGUUAUCGAUGCACACAAGGAGUCGAUCACCAGUAUGAAGUGGAGUCCUACUGGUCAGAUCUUGCUCACCUGUGCCAAAGAGGAGACGGUGAAGCUGUGGGCGAGCCAUGACUCUCACUCUGACUCAGGCUCUGGUUCUGGCUGGUGCUGCCUGCAGAGUCUUAGACACCCUUCCAUGGUCAACGGUGUGGCCUGGUGCAGCAUGCCUGGUCGUGGACCUAAGCCCCUCAGCAUGUUAGCCAUAUGCUGUCAGAAUGGCCUGGUCUCUGUCUGGACUGUUCCCCAGGACAUCUCCAACUUCCCAGAAUCUUGUUCAUCUGACUCAGAGGGGUGGUGGGAGAAUGAAGCAAAGCCUAAAUUCAUGUCUGUCCGGUGGUCAGAAGAUGGAGCAACGUGUGUGUUCCAGCUGAAGGGCCACAUCACCCCAGUCAGAACACUGGCCUUCAGCCCUGAUGGUCUGGCCCUGGCAUCUGGAGGAGUGGGAGGCCUCAUGAACAUCUGGUCCCUGCGGGAUGGGUCAGUGCUCCAGACGGUCGUAGCUGGUUCAGGGGCGAUCCAGAACAUUGUCUGGAUCCCAGAUGUGGGUGUCGCUGUCUGUUCCAACAGGUCAAAGGAUGUGCUGGUUGUCAACUGCUCCAAAGAAUUCAUGGCAUCCAACCAUGUGCUGGCCACUUGCCGCACGGCUCUGAAGAAACAGGGUGUAGUCGGCCUCAACAUGGCACCCUGCAUGAGAGCCUUCUUGGAGAGAUUGCCUGUCAUGCUGCAGGAGCAGUACGCCUACGAGAAGCCCCACGUUGUGUGUGGGGAACAACUCGUCCACAGUCCCUACAUGCAGUGCCUUGCCUCCCUGGCAGUGGGUCUCCACCUGGACCAGCUCCUGUGUCGCCCCCCUGUGCCGCCUCACCUCCGACACUGCCCACCAGAGUCUGGCACCGCCAUCUGGAGCACCAGCGAGUGGGCGUGGUUGGACUGCUUCUCUACAACUGUCAAGGCGGCGGAGGCCCUUGCUCGAGGUGCCACCUUCCCUGAGUCCUUCUCUGUUCCUGAUCUGGAGCCUGUGCCCAAAGAUGAAAUGGCUCUGCUCAUGGACAACAGUAAAUGGGCGUCUGGUUUGGAUGAACAGAUCAUGUCCUGGGCCACAUCAAGACCAGAGGACUGGCACCUUGGAGGGAAGUGCGAUGUGUAUCUGUGGGGUGCAGGGCGACAUGGCCAGUUAGCAGAGGCUGGCAGAAACAUCCUGGUGCCGACCACUGCUCCAUCUUUCUCUCAGGCACAACAGGUGGUGUGUGGUCAGAACUGCACCUUUGUGAUCCAGCCUAACGGGACAGUGUUGGCCUGUGGAGAGGGCAGUUACGGCCGACUGGGACAAGGCAACUCCGACGACCUGCACGUGCUUACUGUGAUCUCAGCUCUUCAAGGUUUUGUGGUGACUCAGCUGGUGACUUCGUGCGGCAGUGACGGUCACUCUAUGGCUCUGACGGAGAGCGGCGAGGUGUUCAGCUGGGGAGACGGGGACUACGGUAAGCUGGGCCACGGGAACAGUGACCGCCAGCGCCGACCCAGACAGAUUGAAGCUCUACAAGGAGAGGAGGUGGUGCAGAUGUCCUGUGGAUUCAAACAUUCAGCAGUGGUAACAGCUGAUGGGAAGCUUUUCACCUUUGGUAAUGGUGAUUAUGGCAGACUGGGGCUGGGAAACACCUCAAACAAGAAGCUGCCAGAGAAAGUCACCGCUCUGGAGGGUUACCAAGUCGGACAGGUGGCUUGUGGUCUGAACCACACUUUGGUCGUCUCUGCUGAUGGAAUGAUGGUUUGGGCUUUUGGUGAUGGAGACUACGGAAAACUGGGACUUGGAAAUUCUACAGCCAAGUCCUCCCCUCAGAAAGUGGAUGUGCUCUGUGGGAUCGGCAUCAAAAAAGUGGCGUGUGGAACACAGUUCUCUGUGGCUUUAACCAAAGAUGGCAAAGUUUUCACCUUUGGCCAAGACCGGCUAAUUGGCUUGCCAGAGGGCCGAGCCAGGAACCACAACCGGCCUCAGCAGGUGCCAGCUCUGUCAGGGAUCCACAUCCAGGAUAUUGCAGUUGGAGCCGAGCACAGCCUGGUGCUCUCCUCCACAGGAGACGUUUACACCUGGGGCAGCAACUCGGAGGGACAGCUGGGUCUGGGUCACACCAACCAUGUAAGAGAGCCCACACUGGUGACGUCGCUGCAGGGCAAGAACAUCCACCAGAUCUCUGCUGGACGCUGCCACAGCGCAGCAUGGACAGCUCCCUCUGUGCCGCCUCGAGCACCAGGCUCAUCAGUUCCUCUCCAGCUGGGUCUGCCUGUGGCAGUGCCUCCUCAGUACAGCGGGUUGAAGGAGGUGAGCAUCGAGGCAGUGAGGGCUCGCCUACGCCUCCUCUACCACUUCUCUGACCUUAUGUACUCCUCGUGGAGGCUGCUCAACCUCAGUCCCAACAACCAGAGCUGUACCUCCCACUACAACGCUGGUACCUGGGGGAUUGUCCAGGGUCAGUUGAGGCCCCUAUUGGCUCCCAGAGUGUACACUCUGCCCAUGGUGCGCUCCAUAGGCAAGACCAUGGUGCAGGGAAAGAAUUAUGGCCCCCAGAUCACCGUCAAACGAAUCUCCACUCGGGGACGAAAGUGUAAACCGAUCUUUGUGCAGAUCGCUCGUCAGGUCGUGAAGCUGAACGCCUCGGACCUUCGACUGCCUUCGAGGGCUUGGAAGGUCAAACUGGUGGGGGAGGGGGCCGAUGACGCAGGUGGCGUCUUUGAUGACACCAUCACAGAGAUGUGUCAGGAGUUGGAGACAGGGGUGGUAGACCUGCUCAUCCCUUCCCCCAACGCCACAGCAGAAGUUGGCUACAACAGAGACAGGUUCCUCCUCAACCCGUCCGCCUGCCUGGAUGAGCACAUGCUCCAGUUUAAGUUUCUGGGAAUCCUGAUGGGCGUUGCCAUCCGCACCAAGAAGCCCCUGGAUCUGCACCUGGCUCCUCUGGUGUGGAAACAGCUGUGCUGCAUUCCCCUGCUGCUGGAGGAUCUGGAGGAAGUGGACCUCCUCUAUGUGCAGACGCUCAAAAGCAUUCUUCACAUUGAAGACAGCGGCAUCACUGAGGAUAAUUUCCAUGAGAUGAUUCCCCUUGAUUCCUUUGUCGAGAGUGCAGAUGGUAAAAUGGUGCCCAUCAUCCCGGGAGGAAACAGCAUCCCUCUCACUUUCUCCAACAGGAAGGAGUAUGUGGAAAGAGCUAUUGAGUACAGGCUGCAUGAAAUUGAUCGACAGGUGGCGGCGGUUCGCGAAGGCAUGUCGUGGAUCGUGCCGGUGCCCCUGCUGUCCCUGCUGACGGCCAAGCAGCUGGAGCAGAUGGUGUGCGGCAUGCCCGAGAUCUGCUGCGACGUGCUGAAGAAGGUGGUGCGGUACAGAGAGGUGGAUGAGCAGCACUCCCUGGUGCAGUGGUUCUGGCAGACCCUGGAGGAGUUCUCCAACGAGGAGCGAGUCCUCUUCAUGCGCUUCGUCUCCGGACGCUCGAGGCUGCCCGCCAACACGGCCGACAUCUCUCAGAGGUUUCAGAUCAUGAAGGUGGACAGGCCGUACGACAGCCUCCCCACCUCUCAGACCUGUUUUUUCCAGCUGCGUCUGCCUCCGUACUCGAGCCAGGCUGUCAUGGCCGAGAGACUGCGCUACGCCAUCAACAACUGCCGGUCUAUUGACAUGGACAACUACAUGCUCUCCCGUAACGUGGACAACGCUGAGGGCUCGGACACGGACUACUGAUGCAGUUAGUUCCACACAUGCACACAUGAAUAAAAUUAUAGAGUCCCAGGAAUGACCGGGCACGGACUGUCUUAUUCAAACACCUCACACACACACAAACACAGAUGUAUCGUCAUCACUGCAUCAGUUGUAAGAAACUCCGGAGCAAAAUGGGCCACUUUUUACAUUUUAUGUACUUUAAGCAGCACAGAUUUUCAUUUCUCCUUGUGGUUUAUUAGCAGUUUUUAAUGACACAAAAAUCCACACAAGAAGUGCAUUUAGUAUUAGUUUUUUUUUUUCUCUCUCUCUCUUUUCUUUUCUCCCCCUCCCCCCACUACUCCACAUCCCAUUUUCUGGGUUUCUGCAUGGAGGUAAUGUUUGUUUGGAAAUGUGUAUAGAAUAUUCAGGCGAGUGGUGGAGGAAGAAAAAAGAUCAUUGUACAUUGUGUAAAAUGCUUCAUUAGGAAAAUGUUUUGCAUAAUAUCCAUAUUUAUUGUUUUCAUUGCCUAUGCCGAGUUUCCCAAAGCAUUCAGAAAAAACAACAACAACAACAAUAAAUGCUGCAUAACUGA